AUGAAGAUUGCUAUUGCCGGGGCCGGCAGUCUUGGGCGGUACUUUGUCGAAGAAAUCGCCAAGUCACCUCACCACGUAGUUAUCCUCACACGGGAAGCGAAAGACUACUUCUUACAUCUCGAACAGCGAGUCAUCCCGGAUUAUUCGGUCGACCAUCUUUCGCCGGUGAUAGAAGACUGCGACGCUUUAGUCUCGACUUUGCACGCGCCAGAGGAGGCUCAUAUAUCCGCUCAUCUAGCGCUCUUAGAAGCCUGUAAACGAUCGACUCAAUGUAAGCGCUUCAUUCCGUCCGAAUGGGCCGUCAACAUUGAAGACUUCCCGGAUCAGCCAACCUACCUGGGACGAAGGCACAAAGUCGUACGCAACGCUCUACGAGAUCAAGACGAAGUUAAAUGGACACUGGUGUCCGUCGGCUGGUUCACGGAUUAUCUCCUACCGGCACAGCAGCAGUACUUUACGAACCUAGGAGACGGGUGGUUAACUGAUAACGUGGCAAAAGUCUUUGACUUGUACGGGGACGGCUUGCAGCACAUCACACUCACUUCGGCGCGCGAUGUUGCUCGUGCCGCCUUGGCGAUGGUCGUGAAUGCUGGGGCUACAGACGGUACCAGUGACGAUUCACAUUAUGAAUGGACCGAGUUCACUCACCUUGCGGGUCAAACUUUGACGUACGUUGAGCUUUACGAGAUCUUGAAGCAACGGGAUCCGAAGUGGACUAUUAGGAAGGUACAGCUUACGGAAGUCUUGGAUGCGAUUGUUGACCAUAAGGACGAGCCUUCCAAGAGCAGGCUUGACUACCUCCGCGUAAUGGGUUUCACCAGUUGCAACGCCGUUCCACAGGAUCGUUGUCUGAAAUGGGAUACUGGGAUACUUAAAGGCGCGCGUGCCCGGAAUGUGGAAGAGUUCCUAGACGAGGCUGAGGCUAACAGAAAUGUUAAUCCUUGA